GUCUCAGUUGCCCAUAGCCAAUCGCGCAGUAACGCAGGCAGAACGCUCCCGGCACCAGAAGAUUAAAGAAGGCAAAGUUACAAGAGAUCACGUAAACCAGGGGCGCCAGGUAAAGCCACUACGAGUCUGUCGUUCCUCGUAGCGCGUUGGGCCGUCGCGCUGGUGGCCCUAGCAGACGACAUGUUGGCUGGAGAGAGCAGCUCGUCUCGGACGUUACGGCCGCGAGUUUCCUCGGGGAUUCUUGAGUGAGGAGAGGCGGAGAUCGCGGUUGGACGUGAGAGCGAGAGAGCGCGAUAGAGAUCUAGGUAGAGUGCGUGAAAGAAGAGACGUCGUAGGAAACGAGAGAGUGAGGAAGAGUACGAAGGAGGGAGAUAAAGAUAGAUAGAUUAGUGCCGAGAGAAAAAGAGAGGAGCAAUAGGCAGAGAGAGAGAGAGAGAGUGUGAAGACAAGUGGAGAGCCGGUACUACGAUCCUGGUGUGGUGUCGUUCAGUUUCUCGUAGUGAAUUUUCAAAGUCAGAAGAAUACCAGGAGGCCAGGACGAGCCUCCUAGGAUAACCGGGGAACACCUAUCGUUGAGCCUUCGUGUGUGUCGUCGCAGAGCUCGAGGACGUCGGUGGAGCUAGGAAAUCGUGAGAACAAGGAAGAGGACGAGUCUUCCCGUACGUCCCCUUUCUCGCCUGUCAAGUUGAGCGGCUCACCGAUCUAUUUUAACGUAGGAGCACUGGCAAUCAAGCACUCGAACAGCUAGUUGUCCUCGUUCCUCUCGAAUACGUUUGACCACCUAGUGCAUUGUUUGAACCUUGGAAUUUUAAGAGCUAUACCUGCUUGCCCUAGCUCAAGCUCUGAUAAGCCACCAUCGCUAGCACCCACCCGACAUAUCUUCCCAGAGAACACCCGGAGGAUAAUUCUCUCAGGGCAAGCUUCCGCGUUACGCCGUCGAAACGCGCGCCAGCCCGCGGGCCGGUCGCUCGUUUUCCACAACAAACUUAACACACCCGAGGAACUUUGCUCGGAAAGGCGAUCGUUAACGAUCGUUACCAGCUCUGUCUGAAAUUUUACUUGACAGAUCAAUUCGUGGCGGACCUCGUGUUUUCUUUACGUGAUCGUCGUGUCCCCAUCGUCAUUGACGGUGCUCGUCAUCGCGGACGAUAUUUUUUGUUCUCUUGUGAAAUCGACUGUUAUACACGGGAUACUACAUCUGAACGCAGCUUCUGGUGCAGCACAGUGCGGCUAUGCUCUCGCGCGGUGAGCCCGGUGCCUAGUGGCUAGGAGAGGGAGGCUGGCUCUUUUCAAAGGUCGGGGGUGUUUCUCUACCUCCUCGCGAUUAUCAAGGUGGAAAGGGAAGUCGCGGGUGAAGUCUCCUGUGUCAUGGGGUGUUUCGGUAGCCAGAGCAGCAAGGCCAGCCAGGAUGACAGCAAAAACCAGAAGAGGCGAUCCGACGCUAUCACCAGGCAGCUUCAAAAGGAUAAGCAGGUCUAUAGGGCCACCCACAGGCUCCUGCUACUCGGCGCAGGAGAGUCCGGGAAGAGCACAAUCGUCAAACAGAUGAGGAUAUUACACGUAAAUGGCUUCAGCGAAGCGGAGAAGCGGCAAAAAAUUGAGGACAUCAAAAAGAAUAUCCGAGACGCGAUCCUGACGAUAACCAGUGCAAUGAGCACGCUAACGCCGCCCGUGACACUGGAGGAUCCGGCGAACCAGAGCAGAGUCGACUAUAUUCUGGACGUCUCGUCUUCCCCGGACUUCGAUUAUCCCUCGGAGUUUUACGAAAUCGUCGAAACCCUGUGGAAGGAUCGGGGCGUUCAGCAGAGCUUCGAGAGGAGUAACGAGUACCAACUCAUCGAUUGCGCCAAAUAUUUCCUAGACAAAGUAGAAAUCGUUAAACAAUCCGACUACACGCCCACAGAACAGGAUAUCCUAAGGUGUCGAGUCCUCACUUCCGGUAUCUUUGAAACGCGGUUUCAAGUCGACAAAGUAAACUUUCACAUGUUCGACGUGGGUGGCCAGCGAGAUGAAAGGAGAAAAUGGAUACAGUGCUUUAACGACGUGACGGCCAUCAUAUUCGUAACAGCCUGUAGUAGCUACAACAUGGUGCUUAGGGAAGACCCAACUAAGUUAAGACUCAGGGAAAGUCUUGAUCUGUUCAAAAGUAUUUGGAAUAAUCGAUGGCUCCGCACAAUAUCCGUGAUCUUGUUCCUAAACAAACAGGAUUUGCUCGCGGAGAAGAUCAAGGCGGGUAAGCACAAAUUGGAGGAUUACUUCCCGGAGUUCGCACGGUAUCAGACGCCGAUCGAGCCAGGCGUCGUGGCGGAUCCCUCGGAGCCUCCGGAAGUCAUACGGGCCAAGUACUUCAUCAGAGAUGAGUUUCUCCGCAUAAGCACAGCAAGCGGCGACGGCAAGCACUACUGCUAUCCACACUUCACGUGCGCAGUCGACACAGAGAAUAUCAAGAGAGUGUUCAACGAUUGCCGAGACAUCAUCCAGCGGAUGCACCUGCGCCAGUACGAGCUCUUGUGACUUCGUUCCUGCCGCCAUAUCUCGCCAAGAAGAAGUUACCUUCUUAUGGGAAACGUAGCGCGACAUCGUGGCUCGCGGCACGUGAAGAUAAACGGGAGUUCAAGGGCGGCGGGGUUCAUCCUUGAGACUCCUUGGGCGGGUUAAUGCGAUUUUUCUUUGCGGAGCCCUACCGGUUCCCGAAUUAUCGCGCGCGAUGCCGAUGAGAGCACGAUCGUGAACGUGUUUCCAAAGGUUUUCCGCGAAUGUCCUCGAAGGAAGCUCUGCGAGCCUGGAGAGGAGUGUGAACGUGGGCGCGAAACGGUCCAGGGAUCCUCUUCUUCUGUUCUCCCCAAGUGUUUCCGCUCGCUGGUGGGGAUGGAAGCCUUCUUCUCGCACAGAAACAAUUUAAGUUGUCGACGUACAAGCAACACUUUUGCCCUCGUUGACUCCUUUCCGAUCGGUUAACACCAAAAUAUUUCAGGCACGCUUCGAUCGGUCGAUCGGCUUUAGCUUUAGUUGCGAACGGGCGUGCCCGGACGUUCAGUUUUUGUAUUAUCAGUUUUCAGGUGAAUCGCUCCCUGAUUGUACUUCCGGUCGGUACAUGCCGAACGUUUUAUUUUUCUUACACGCCGACGUUUCGCGAAGGUAUUGGAACAUCGUCGCUUACUCUCAUUCACGGGGUCAUCCGCGUUAACAUCAUCCCGGAUGGACGGUCCUAGUCCUGAUCGAUGCGAUUUUUAUUAAUCCACGGCACGCCCGGCGCAGGAUCGUCGUUUAGAGUAAUAUCGUCACGAAAAAUUUACAUUAGCAAGUACGUAAACAACCAUUCGGUGGGAACCUCACGUCGUCGGAUCUUUGUUCGACCUGAUUAUUAUUAUUAUUAUUAUUAUUAUUUUUCUUUCGAAUCUCAUUUAUCUCAAUCAUUUUGCAAACAGUCGUCCGGGUAUAGAAUCUCUUCUUUCUAUUGUAUUCCCUUUGUUUUUAACGUAUUACUCUGUUUACCUCUUAUUCCUUCUCCUCUGUCCUUAUUCCUUUGCCAGUCUUAUCCCAUGUGUUAUUUUCUCUAUCCUUAUCCAUUUAACAGUCUCGAGCAACAUUCACUGCUCUCCCUGUCUCUCCUCACGUCGCCAAGUCCUUCUCCUUUAUCUCUACUUAAUCCUCCUAUCCUCUCCUCUAGCUUCCUCGUCCCGGCCACUUACCCCCCAACCUCCGAACCUCGUAUGACUUUUACCAAAAUGACCCGAUCCGUAGGAGUCUCAGCUGCACCUUUUUACGAGAAGAGUAUUUUGUGAGAUUUUACAGUAUUUCGAAGAGCGUUUUAAUUGUAUAACUAUGUAUCGAAUAUGUACAGGGUGACCGUCCACCGACUCGGGUCUUCUCAGCAUCGUAUUCUCAAUACGUUCGUUCAUUGCUUCUCGUUUGUUUCCAUUCACUUGUAAUAAUCUUUCAUUCGUCAUCAGCGCCACGUCUACCUUUACGUUUCACGGCAUACUACCAAUUUCUCUGUUUUCUAUCGUAUCGGUCCCCCAAGCUUACGAAACGAACCUCCCAAACGUAAACGAUUUUCGUCCCGAUGAACUUUAGAGUCAAACGCGAAAAAGAACAAGCGAAAAUCCAAAUAUGCGAUUUGCUCCAGCUCGUACGCUUUUCAGUCGCGAAUGAAAACUCCAUAGGCGAAGGGUAAACGCAAUCAGUAGUCUAAUUAACUUAUACAAGGAAUGUCAAUAGAAUUUCGAAAAAGUUCAUCCGGCAUAUUUAACAGUGCCCCCUCCCUCCCUCCCGAUCACCCCUUGUACACUAUUCUCUUGUGUCUGAAAGAAUGACCUUUCAUACGGUUCAUACAUCGGCACUCCGUGGACACCCUGUAUAUGGUAAGCCUCCUCCCUCCCCCUUCGACAUUUUCCUUGUAUCUUUAAAAGAUAUACAAAGAGAAAAGGAAAGAUGAGGAAGAAGAUGUGAGAAAAAAACUAUACCUUUUGUUUAACAAUACCGAGAGAUCAGAUAUCGCGUGCAUCCGUGUAUGAUGCACGGGCUGCACGAAGGAGUGCGCAUUAACUACGUAAUAUCUACUUUUAUAUAGGUAACGAGAGUUUGACAUCAAAUUAAAAGAAAAUAUAGGAAAGGAAAGAAAAGGCGUUUCACGAGGAAUAACGAGUCGAGGUAUAAAAGGAAAUAAAGUAAACGUAUAAUAAAGUAAAAAUUGGCUAAGAGAAGUACGGUGUAAGAGUAUAAGAUUAAGAGUACGAGUAAGAGUAAACAAAAUGAAAAAUGAAGUAAAUUAAUUAACAUUGCCAUGCUCUUAACUUCGUAUGGGAACGCGAGAUGCGCGUGUUUACGUACGUACGCGCACGGCUAUGCGCACGGGAAUCCGCGCACUUUCACGCACAAUAUUGGUUACUGCGCAUGCGCGCGGAUCACGUCACGCGUGUAUUUUUCUUUUUAUACAUAUAUACGAAUAUAUGUAUUUAUGUAUGUGUAUAUAUAUAUAUAAAACACGAUACUAAUAUAUUUGGCAAGCCAUAGUUUGCAACUUUUUAUAUAUAUAUAUAUGUAUGUACAUAUAUUUGUUGCUAAAGGAUACUUUGGGGACGAUUUCAUUUACGAAGUUGCCAUGUCGAGGACAAGUGGCUAUUUUGGGGACGUCCUCAAAGAUUUUCCAGCGUAAUGACUGCUUUGAGGACCAUAAAGCGGACUGUCACACAAAAUUUGUUUAUAUUUUUUUUCAAUGUUUGGCAUCCAGUAUUUGCGAUGUGCUUAGAAAUGUUUCGUUAGGUUAGAUUAGGUCAGAACUCCAAUGCUGUGAUGUCCCAAGGUAGUUUUAAAAAAAAUAUAUUAGCUUGCUAUUGUGAACGCCCCUUAAUUUUUCGUGUCCCCAAAGUAUCUCUUUGGCAAACGUAUAUAUGUAUAUAUUUAUAUUACUUACGAACUUUUACUUUUUUACCGUAAAGUCGUGAGAGACAUGUGAGAAGAAAACUUCCGUGAUGAAAGAGAGAGAGAGAGAGAGAGAAAAGAAAGAAAAGAAAUAGAGAAUUGCAGUUGUUGCUUCGAGUUGUAAUUAUACAAAAAAAUGGCUGCGAGGGUUAACGUUGAUGUUCGCUAAAUGCACAAACAAAAUAUAAUAUAUUCGAAAGAAAACGGGCCAUCGGUCGUAUAAGUCAAUGAUAAUGCCAUAUUACAAGUUAUAGUGAUGGUUAAUGAGGUUUUUUUUUUUAGAUCGACAGACCAAAAUGGAAACCUAAUUUACAAACGCACGACGAUCGCGAACUACUAUUUAAUUAUGUCGCUUCUUUAGUUUUCUGUACAAAAAAGUAUUCUUGAGACUAACGCGCAAAAUUUGUUUGAAAACAAAAGAAAGAAAUGAAAUUCGUUCAAUGAGUAGCCUCGCGCGAACAAGCAAGUGGCACCGAUUUUUGUUAUUGUUAUCGCGUUUCAACAGACUUUAGCCUUUAGUUGUAAGAAUUGCGUCGCACGAACAACAAAAAUGUCGAACCACGAAAUUUGAACAGUUUUACGGUCGCCGGCCUGACACGUUGACAGGACGAAAGAAAGAAAAAUAUUGAACGAAAAAGAAAAGUAGAGCAGCUGUGCUCGUCGUUUCGACUUCACGAAUAAGUCUUAAGUCGUGACGUUUAUCGCACAACGUUUCCCAAAUUAGCUGUGACACGUGUCGUGUACGGUUCUAAUUAGUUUUCCGGUAUAUGGAAAAGGGACGUAAAAGGAGAGAAUAAAAAGAAGAAGAAGAAGAAGAAAUGGUAAACGAUUGUCAAAAUCGUUAUGUAAAUUUCUUCUUUACCGCCGGAGUAGUUAAUUCCCUUUACCACGUUGCGCUUGGGAUAUGGAGCUUUUUUAAAGAUCUUUGUUCCGGCUACUGUAAUCCGGGCCAAUAACAAUGGAACGGGGGUUGGCAGAUUCUUGCGCAAUCAAAGCACACACGCACUAACACUCGAGAAAUAUUUGAAUAUUCUGCGGCCAUGUUCCAAGCCCAUCGCGUAUCAGCGUUAUCUAUCAAUUGAAUGUCUAUUUUUCACGUUGCGGUGUCUGUUGAUUUUUUUUUGUCCAUAACUAUCAUUUCUCCUUCGUUCAUUUUCUUCUCUUUCUUUAUCUUCUGGCGUUUGCUACUACUACCUUCGGUCGAGGGGUGUCAGAGCACCUCGUUAAUCGUUGUAAUUUAUAUCGUUGCUAAGUUAUGGCGUCGUAGUCAAAGAGUCGCGGAAUCAUCUCCAUUUACUAUUAGCCGCCAUUGUCGUUAUUAUAUUUUCUCGUUAUUCGAUUGGUCGCUUGGCGACCGAUUAUACUGCGCAUGCGCGAGGUUUCAUUGCAUAUGCAUAUAUAUACAUACGUAUAACAUAUAUUUUUUCGUUUCCUUUGACAAAAUGUACAGGGUGACUCGAAAGUGACUCUAGGUGUUAAUUGUACUUACACGGUGUAAUGUCGUUUAUCGGACGAUUGCUAACCUUAAACUAACAGCAGUCGUUAACUUCUUUCGCGCAAUCGAUAUAACAUUCGAAAAGUCCUAACUAUGGGCAAUUAUUAUUUUUCGAAUCGCCAGACGAAUCGACUCGUUGAAAAUUGCAUGAGAAUAAUUUUUUUUUAUCGUAUCAAUAAACCCUCGAGUCACUCUCGUCAUCUCCAGCCUCCUAUACACUGUAUGAGGGACGUGUUAAGUGAUCUCUUACGUUCGACGUAAGACGAGCAUUGAAAUAUAUAUGAUGCAAAAGUAUAUAAAUAUAGAUAGAUAUAUGACAUCGUUUUGAAGUAGUCGCACGAGUGACUCCCGCGAUCUUGUUGCUAAAUAAUUCAAUCGAGUCUCUUGGAGAUUCAAUGGAAACAGGUAAGGCGCGUUACGUCCACGUAAAUGCCUUGAAGAUGGACGAGCGUCACUUGUGCCACUGGAACUUACCCGAUUAAUAAAUCUAACGAGUAAAGCUCGGACGGUACUCGGUACAGCUGCAUCUUGAUAUUCUCAUGAAAGAAUUUAACUAAGUUCAUCAAUAAUUGCUAGCAACGGCUUAACGAGCAAUCAUGAUGCAGCUAUAACGUUACUGAUCCAAACGAUACUUAAGUCCUACGCCAUUGGAGAGACGUAUUGAUGUGUUUAUGUAGCUGUAUUAUAAGUACGCUCGGAUUUCGUGAAUGGGGCUUGCUUCAUGGUACUUCUUUUCCAUAAAGGAAUUAACGUUCUCGAGUGACAGUUGCGCGUCGCACUCAUAGCUUUUCGCGCAGUCUACUCAGUGGACUGUUGUUAGUGAGGGCGCCACCGUCGCUCGAGACGCAUUUCAACAUGGCCGCCGAGUCGGGCCAACAUGAAAAAAGAUCCGAUAACGGAAAAAAUUUGAAUUCGAGCAAAUUUCCGCCAGCCCCAUCAUUAAGGUCAUCCUUCGGAUGAGAAUUUGCCUGAUCGGUUCUCGCGACGGUUUACUUAUUAUACUACUGUACACAAUAUUAUUAUAUAGAUCAGGCCGAUCUCUCGUCCGUGGCUCGGUCUUAUAGUCGUCUGUAUUAGCUGCACGCCACGGCCGUGAAAAUCUGUGAUUCAAAUCAAAAUUAAAACUUUCGAACGAGAUAUUUACGUUCCGACGCCCUGUAUCUGUCUGUCGUAUGUCGAUCGUAAUAGUCGUAAGUUAUUUAAUUUAGCUUGUACUGAGAAAGAUUAGGAAAAGAUGAGAGAGAGAGAGAGAGAGAACGACGGUUCGACGAAUGAAACUGUAAUGAGAUAUAUCGAAUGGUAGUGUGAGUGAAAGUGUCAAUGAGAUAUAUAAGAGAGAGAGAGAGAGAGAGAGAGAGAAAGUGCGUAUGUAUGCCAAGAACAAAGUACAGUCUUUUUCAGAGUAAUUUUACUCGCUCGAUUAUAAUUAUCCAUUUUCCUCGUCGUUUCCAAUCACAGACCUUUUCAUAUCGAUUCUUAUUACCACCGUUAUACCCAUUAUUUCAAUGUACUUUAAUUACGCUAUCUGUCUCUUAAACCGAUCGCGUAUAUUUUCUCUUGCUGUUUUUCACGUACCAAGGUUACGUCGCCUUUCGUCUAUCGGCAGAUUGAUCUUCGGGAAACGAUCGUGGACGAUGGUAACGAGCGAGAAACGAAAGGAGAGCCAAUGAGAGUCGCCCGUUAAGACGUGUCCGUUAUAAUUCGUUGUUGCGUGUCUCUUAGAAACGAAAAGAAAAAUGAUGUCUAGACGAUGAAUUAAUAAUGAAUUAAAGUUAACAAUGAAAUUAACAAGAUCUUACACACAGUCUCGCACCUACGGGUCCGUGAUACGUAGGCGUACCUGUACGACGCACUAUCACACAACACAGAUAACAAGAUAACGAUUUUAACAAAGGCUAUCUUAGGAACGAAUAACACUAUUGGUAUAGAGACUGUCUCUUAAGGGUGAAAGGUGGUUGCGUUGCAUGUCAGACUGAAAGUGAACGCGACGGCGUGUCAAAAGUUUUAGGGAUGAACAUUUUUAUAGGGACUUGUGAAAUCGAUGCGCGAUCCGAAUCGCGAUAUUGUCCUGUUUAAUGAAAAAAAAAAAAAAGAAUGAGAGAGAAAGAGAGAGAGAGCGAUAAUAGUAAAGAAGGAAGGAGACGCAGAGACCGCGCGAAACCGUUAAACUUUAAUGUGACAGGAGGAAUUUUUUUUUUUUUUUCAAAAUAUAUUUUUCAUUUUUUUUUUUUGUUACACCACUGCGUGGAUGCAAGAGGAAAGGAUAAAAAGCGUACAUUUUCGUCUUCUUCUUCUACUUCUUGUACUGUGUACUCGUCGCCCGUGGCGUAUGCGCGUUAAACGCGACGCUUCUUCGUCCCUCGAAAGAGAUAAAUAAAUAGAUAAAUGAAUAAGGAAUCAAUGUUACGGGCGAAACCCCUCUCUCUUCCCACCUUCUUUCAUUAGAUCUCUGGACUCGCGGCGGGUGAGUCGCGCCGACGCGCUGACUGUCACGGUACGGAUCGCGUGACUAACCUAUACGCUAUACCUUCUUUUUUUUUUGCAGGCGCGAAGCCAGAUAACGACGCUGGUCUCUGCACGGUUUCAUUAUAUGUAUAUGUGUGUAUUUAUUAUACAUAUAUGUAUAUGAAAUUUUGUACCGUAGCGACCUGCGCCUAUGUGGUUCGCGAGGGAUGGCACUUUCCGACGGUGUUCUAGCGUUUAACGAGUAUAGUGGGUAAAUAAGAAAAAGAAAAAAAAAUACAAAAAACUAUAUUUCAUUCUCAUUCUGUGAUGACUGUCUGAAUAUAAAAAAAUGUUUACAUGAACUUAAGCUAACGACUAAUCGAACUAGAGGAUAAUGGUUAAUUAACAAUCGUUGUACUAAUUGCGCGCAUAGAGAGAGAGAGAGAGAGAGAGAGAGAGAGUGAGAGUGUUGCAGAGUGACAGAGGGAGAAAGACAGAGAGAGAGAGAGAGAGAGAGAGAGAGAGAGAGAGAGAGAGAAAUCAUGAAAUAAAAAAAUCUUAGAUGCUAAGGUCGUGAGAAAAAAAUAUAUAAGCGACGCACGUGUGGACGGUGAUGAGAAGUGGUGUAUAAGGACGGGCGGGAUGGUGAGGGUGCGGACGGAGGUAGAUGAUACCGGACACACAAAAUAACAUUAACGAGAAGAGGGCCGACACUGUCGAGAGUCACUAUUAUAUAAAUGGAAAGAUGCGGAAUGAGAAUUUCCUUUGUGAGAGAGCGAGAGAGUAAAAGAAAAAUAAGGCAGUAUAAUUUAUACACCAUAUAUAAGUUUAGUCGUUUAUCAUUGCUUUCGAGGAUAUAAGAGUUAUGUGUAUAAAUUAUUAUGUGUAACUUUAAAAACAAAAACAGAGUCAUUUAGUAAAUUUUAAGCGUAUAUAUAUAAAUAUAAAUAAAUAUAUAUAAUAUAUUAUAUAUAUAUAUACAUACACAGAAACACAUAUAUAUAUAAAUAUAUUAUAAUUAUGAAAUGAUUACAAAAAAAAAAAAGAGAGAGAGGAAGGAAUAAGAAGCAAACGCUGCGAAGCCACUGUAUCAUACGUUUGUGUAACUAAAAUAGUAAUGAUACGAUUAUAAAAAAUUAUAACGAUACAAUAAAUACUUACCGUAUGUCUUAUAUAAA